AUGGACGCUCUGGCAUUCAACCCGCCAGCCACUGGGAGUCAACUUCCGUAUUUGAAUAACGCGUUCCCGGGAAUCGGAUCGCAAAUAUCGCCCAAUUAUGGGACCAAUCUGGGCAUAUUAGAUGCGGAAUCUUAUGAUGACGGGAGGGGAGCUUUAAGAAAUAGGAGGGUGGAGCCACAACUAGAGAGUAUGUUGCCGUUCGGCGUCACACGCGGUUCAAGAUCCAGGCCGCGUUCUGAGUUACGGGCGGAUAGUGAGGAGCAAGAUGACGGGACGAGGAGGAAGAAAAAGCGUAAGGUUGAAACUCAGAAUAAAGAGGAGGAGGAGGAGGCCAGGAGAAAGAGCAGAGGGAGGCCCAGAGUCGAUACUAAGGACGAGACGGCCGCCGAUCGCCGGAGAACCCAAAUACGCAUGGCACAGAGAGCUUACCGCCAUCGUAAAGAGAUAACCAUCUCUUCUCUGGAAAAGCAAGUUCAAGAUUUGAGGAGCACAAAUGAGGAGAUGAACAAUAUCUUCAUCAAUCUCUACGAUUUUGCAAUUGCUAAAGGUCUGCUCCAACGUGAACCCGACUUUGGACAGCAACUUCAGUCAGCUACUGAAAGGUUCUUGGCCUUAGCCAAAGCGUCGGCAGGUGACGAUAACCAAGAGGAGGAUCACGAAGGCGGUGCAAGGAAUGACCAAGCUGAAUCUGGCCGUCGUCCCAGAGCGCAGAAAACUUCUGCGAAGAAACCUCAUGAAGAAAAACCUUCCGAGCCUACUUCAGCGUGGGGUGGGUUUACCGUUUCCGCAGAAAGCCCCCAGGAGAUGGGUAUAGGAUAUAAACAACAGAACGAGGAAAGGACGACACAAUCAGAUCACCAGGUAAUUACGCGGCCUACUGAGGACAAUGCAAGCUUCCCUUUCGACUGGAUGGGGCUACAAGAAUACCGUGCCGAGGUUCCGGAAAUUCAGGAUUACUCGCAGGAUCUCUCCUUACAGUCACAGCUACCACUCCCCGAUACAUACAACUAUAAUGAGUUCUCUUUCGCCCGACGGAUCCACAGGGGUGCGAUUGAGAGGGCUUUCAGACUCUACAACUCUACGGACCCAUAUGACCUCGAAAAAUUCCAGCGACUGUUUGGCUUCUGCUUGCUCUAUGAAACCAAGGAGGCCAUCGGAGCAAGACUGAAGAGAGUCUUGGGCCGCUCCACAAAGGAGACCCUUCAGGAAUGGCGUGCGCCUUUUGUGCACGUCGGGGGCGCUGGUACAUAUUACCCUUUGCAUGAUGUAGACAGAGAGCUCAUGCCCAAAUUCCGUACUGGGUAUUCCAUGGGCCCGUUUUCACCAGCGAUUGCCCAAGCGCAGGAAAGCUUGGAGGACGAUAUGAAAUGUAUCCUGCCCGGAUUCCAAGGAGAAUUCUUUGAUCCUUAUGAUGUCGAGGGAUAUCUCCGGGACCGUGGGCUUGAUAUCCCCCCUGCCGCUGAAUUCGUCACCGCUGAGCUUGAUCUGGUAGCAUUAUCUGAAGCUCCCAGUCCAAAAAGUGCCAGCAGCGAUAGUAGCUUGUCAAAGAUCUCUCCGCAAACUCCACAUAGUCCUAUUGGGGCCAUACUUCUGGACACCGACAAAGAUUCGAAUGCUCUUAGUCUCGACCCAAAAAAGGCUGGUAACGGUUUGACGAUUCUCGAUCCAUUGACACAAACGUUUCCCUUCCCGUCAGGUUUCACCAAUUGGGAAAAGGACAGCUCUAUGAAGGGUAACAAUGGCUUCAUUGAUCCGAUCUUUGAUUCAAUGUCGGGUCAAAGUGCACGAAGAGUAGGAACGCCUGAUGUAGUCAUCAGUAACCGUCGAUAUGGUAAUAGGCAAACAGUUACCAUCAACGUCACGACCCUUUUGGAAGAGUUGAUUAAGAGGGGAGUUUGCUUGGGACGUUCACCUGGUUUCAAACCCUCUGAUGUAGACGCUGCUAUCAUUGCGGCAGUAAAUGCCGGGUGUUGA